AUGAAUAUAAUCGAUGCUUAUAUUUCUUUAGUACAAUCAAUGUGGUCAGGUGAACAUAAAUGUAUCGUUCCUUAUCCAUUAAAACAAUGUAUUAGUCGUUCAUCAAGCCAAUUUUAUGACUUUGGCCAAAAAGAUUCUCAUGAAUUCAUGAAUACUCUUCUUAAUGCUAUACAAACGGCUGAUUCAAAUUCAUUCAUAACUAAGCUAUUUCGAAUUCAUACACAACCAAUGGCAACUUGCAACGAAUACCAAUAUUCUGAUAUCACUGAUGAAACAACAACAUUUCUUUUACCUCCCAUUCCUGAAUUCAAGUUUGAUAAUCGAAAACAUGUGUUAUUAGAAGAUCUUAUCAAAGAUUUUUGUCAAGAGUACGAAUUAGAUGGACAAUACUAUUGUCACAAAUGUAAAAAAUGUCCAUCAGCACAACAUAAAACGACGAUCACUCAACCAUUACCUCAUGCUCUUAUUAUUCAAUUGAAACGGUUUCCUUAUAAUGGUACAAAAAGAAAGAUUAAUACAUUAGUUCAAUACAAACUUGAACAUCAAAAUUUACUAUCCAAUAAUGAUACAUAUCACCUAUAUGCUAUAUUUGAUUUACGUAUUCUUCGUUUCUUUAUGGAACAGUUACCUGAAGAACCAAUAGAGAAAUCUUCAGAUAAUCUAUCGACACCAUCAAUGAAUAUAGAUCCAAAACAAUCAUCGUACACUUCUACAAUACCAAAUAUAAUGCUGAUAAACGAUUCCGUUCUUCUUAUUUUUAUCCGCUAUCUUCAAUUAAUUAAUCUCAUUCCAUGGUCAUCACCCAUGUCUAUUUGUGAACAGUCGAUUAAAAUACCUAAACAUGAUGAAAUAGGUAGUUUAUCCCAUAAUACUUCUGAAUUUAAAAAUCACAUUGUUAAUUGGAAUGUCGAUGGUUCUGAUAAUUCAUUGUAUGAUCUUGUUGCCGUUUCUAUGCAUGUUGGCCAUUUAAAAGGAGGACACUACACAACAUUAGCUCGUUUAAAUGGUUCAGGUCCAUGGUAUCGUUUUAAUGAUUCAAAUAUUGAACUUAUUCAUGAUACUGAUUGUCUUGUAAAUCCAUAUGCUUAUGUUUUGAUGUAUUUAAAAAAAGAACAAAAUUAA